AUGGCUACUCGUGAGGGUCGCCCCCAUGUGCAAAAUCUUUGCAGGAGGAUUGUGCGCACGCAGGUAAUAUUCAACACUGGAAGCAGGUGCGACAUGGAAGAGGCGGGUAAUGGGUCUCCCACUGCUGUUCCACAGAACUUCAGAGAUGGGCAUCGGUAUCCACCUGGAGUUUUAUGCAACAAGGAUGCGACCAAGGUCAAAGACCACCCCACAGCGAGCAAAACUGGUUUAGUCAGUCAACCGGAAGCGAACACUGGUGAAAAACCCUACAAGUGUAACCAGCGUUACUUUUCUGCUGCACAGAUGUCCACCUUGAAUCAACAUCUAGCUAUGCAUACUGGUGAGAAACCCUACAUGUGUGGGGAUUACCGCACGUACUCGCGUGAAGCAAGCGGUCGCCGUGCUUUCUGUAGCUUCGUCCGGUCCCACUGCUGCUGCAUCGCCGCCGGCAUUGCCGUACUCAUCGCUGUGGGACUCGCACCUCUGACUUUCAUCAAUAAAGAGGUAACCCUGUAG